CACAAUCAUAUAUUAUCAUAAGUACAUAUGUUCACCUGCCACUUUAUUAGGUACAUUUGAUUCUUUAUUGUCAUUUCUACAUGUGACACGUCAAAACACAAUGUGGUGAAUGCAUCAGUGCAUCAGAAUUUAUAUAUAUUUAUAUAUAUAUACAUGGUAUACUCAGUCAGGGUCCUGUAGUAUUCCACUUCACCAUCGGGGGGGCGGUACCAAGUCUUGUGAAUCCCUAAAUUUAUCACAAUUACGCUGUGAAUUUCCCCAUUACAGGACUAAUAAAGGGUUAUCUUAUCUUAAUUACACCAGGUGCACCUUUGAUCUGCCUUGAAGAGUUCAAAUGCAUCAAAGGCAACCCUUCAUAUAAGUGUAUAUAUAAUGCGUACAUAUAUAAAUGUAUAUGUGUAUAGAGAGAGACCGGUUUCCCAUAAUAAAUGACCGUGAAGUAAGUGGUGAGUGUAAAACUGUGGAAAGGUUUUUGGAAGGAGAAGGACUUUGAUCUGCGAUGGGAGACUUUGAACUUCUGAGGAACUGCAGAGAGGAAGUUGUGAACUUCCGAGCCGUGGGGGGCAGCAUUGCAUCGCUCAGUGUACAGCUUUACUGUUAUUGGAAGAAGGAUGAGACAGAGAUGAGAGGAUGAGAAGAACCGUGAUUAAGAACUUCAAACUGCGGUGGACAGCAUUGCAUGUCUUAAAAGAAGAAGGGGAAUCCUCAAAACUGUGGGUGGAGUUUCACAAAAGAGAUAUAAGUGGAUCAAACAUCUAUUACAAAUUGUAAUAGAAACAAUUAUGUUUAUAUCACUACCAACCAGCUAUUGAGAAUAUAAAGCCACAGUAAGAGGUUUUCUUCCUGUGGAGGGCAGCGUUGGACCUCUAAAUGCGCAGGCUGACAAAAUUAGACAAAGAAGUAGAAGAACCCCAGAACCUUCAAGAACCUCUGUGAAGUCGGUGUUUGGCCUGAGAUGAUGGAGCAGACGAUUGCUAUUCAGGCCGGGAUGAUCAGGGAUCUCCAUGCCAAGCUGGAGAUGGACACAGGAGAGAAGAAGUCUCUGAAUCAUGCACAUCAGCAGCAGCUCCAGGUCCUGCAUCACGAGCUGGAGGCUCUGAAAGACACCAACCUGGAGCUCGCUGACAAAAUUGCCAUCGAGGAGGACGUCAGCUACAAGCUGAUGACUCAGACUGUCGCGCUCUCUGAGGAGCUGCAGAUGCAGACGCUAAAGACAGACUCUCUGGCAAAGGAGAACAAGUCUUUGAUUGUCAGGCUGGAGACCAAAGAGAAGGAGUCAAUUUCUAUGGAAGCUCAUCGUGAGCUAGUUGAGCAUCUGCGUCUGGAGUCCAAGGACCUGAAAGACACCAACCAGGAGCUCAGUGAUAAACUUCAGACUGAGACAAAGAAGAACGAGUCUCUGACAAAAGAGAAUGAGUCUCUGUCAAGAGAGAACAAGUUUUGGUUAAAAGAGAACAAGACUCUGUCUACGGAGAACAAGUCGUUGAUUGCCAAGCUGGAGACCAGAGAGAAGCAGUGUCUUUCACUGAAUGCACAUCAGGAGCAGUUUGAAGACCUUCAUCUGGAGCUCCAUGGUCUUAAAGACAACAACCUGGAGCUCUCUGGUAAGCUGCAGACGGAGAUAAAAAAGUUUGAGUCUCUGACCGCUGAGCUGGAGGAGCAGAGGACCUGCAGUCAGAAGCUGAGAAACAAGCUGCAGAAACAUAAAGAUGCUCAGCAGAAAGCAUGUGAUGCUGUGGAUCAGUCCCGGGACGUCACCGAGGAGCUCUGCCACAAAAUGGACGCCCUGAAAGCAACAAACCAGCAGCUUGUCACCAAGCUCCAGACUGAGGAGGAGCUCAGCUGCCAACUCCAGGCUCUGGUGGAUGAACUCUCCUCCUGCCUGGAGAUGGAGACCAAAAAGAAGGCGUCUCUGACAAAAGAGAACCAAGUUCUGGCCGCCAAGUGGGAGGAGGAGCACACCAGGAGAACGGAGCUUCAACAGGAGCUGGAGAGCACGAAAGAAGACAAGUCCAGGAUGGCCAUGCAGCUCCAAACAGAGAGGCAGGCCUUCAUCCGAGCCCUGGAGCUCCACGAGACCAAGGUCUACAAAGUGAGGAAGGGGAGGAGUUUGUUUUUCAAGCGAGUCUGGUGCUUCCUGGGUUUUAGGAAAACAAGGAAGGAAAAGCAGCUGGAACCACUGCGAAAUAAGACUCUGACAUCUCAGCAUGAACACAGCAGUAAGAGAUGUACGAUGCCAUCGUCUUCUGACUGGAAAAAGACAGCGUGGCCACGGAACCCCGGUUCUGUCUUCCCUCCACGGGCUUCCUGUCCGGUUCAGGGUUGAUUUUAAGGUUUUUAAAUGGACUGGCGUCAUAUGAAUACAUCAUCUCCAGACUCCUGUCAGAGUCACGAGAUCCUCGUGGAGCCUUUUUCAGGGGCUGCCCUCAGUCUGUGGAACAGUUUACCUUUUCACUGUAGAAAACCAUGUGACAAAAACUCUGACCAAACUUAAAUGUGAGGGGUGGGACAAACUGGUGAGAACCAAUCAGCGUUGUGAUGUCUUUACGAGGUGCAGAGGUCAGGAAGACGAUACACGAGGACAGCGGCGUUAGGAAGAACCGACAAGAGAUGACGUACGACGGAAUUUCACGUACCAUGUCAAAUAGUGGACAUAAAGUAUGACGCAAUUGCGUAAUAAGAACACUGAUGACAGGAAAUGUGACAUCUGCGUGUGAGACUUUUUU